AAAAAAAAUGCGCGUCAAAAUUAGAGCUUUUGGGUUCAAAUUUAAAAUCGAUGUUGAUUCUUGCGAUAAAAUUAAACAAGUCAAACAUAAAAUCAAAGAGGCUCACGGACCUGAUGUCGAUGAACAAGAAUUAUAUCUUGGAGGUCUAAGACUUGAAAACGAAAAAACCGUGAGCGAUUAUAAAAUUGAAGAAAAUGGAGAAAUUAAACUUCUUCGAAUUGUCGUUGGCGGCUUUCAAAUAUGUAUUAAGAAUAUUAGAGGGAAGGAAAUUACUCUUCAAGUACGAUCUACAUAUACUAUUAAAAAAGUUAAAGAACUAAUUUUUGAAAAGGAAGGGAUGGAAGUAGAUACGCAAAGGCUAAUUUUUAAUGGUAUUGAUCUCUUAAACGAUAAUCUCUUGUCAAGUUAUGGAAUUGUAAAAGGAAACACUUUACAUCUUGUUAGUAGAUUACACGGCGGUUCUCAUUUAAGUGUUUGAAUAUUCUUGUAUAUUAUUAGUUUUCGUCAUAUUUUUUUAUAUCAACUUUGUAGUAUGAUGGUUGUGCUAUAAUAAAUUCUUAAAAAUGUAAAAAAUUUAUAUUAAAAUUGCUUUUCGAUUUU